AUGGUGGUUUAUCUCGACAACCAUCUCGUGGUCUGUGGCUCGGCCAAGGUGCUCCUCAGUGCAGCAGUGGCCUCGGCAUAUGCGACGUUCCCGCUGAAGAGUCAAGCCAUGGGCCUCUCACAUACCCAGCGAGCAGAGGUGCUCUCUGCGUAUCCCCUGCUUUACCUGGCCAUGCUUUUCCCUGCUGGCGCAGCCUGUGACAGGAUGGAGGGGGCACGCCGGGCAAUGGCACUGGGCUUGGCAGGACUGGCCGUUAGUGUUUGUGGUUUUGGAUACUCCACUUCUGUGGUGCCUAGCCAGUUCGGCGGCGGACGUUUCCUCGGCAGCAUUCGUGGCUGCUGUAGCAGGGCCGAGGCUUGGCUACAUGGAAGGAUCACGACAGGCAGCUUUGCGGCGAGUGCAAUGAAAGGUGCCUUCUUGUACGACUCUGUGGGCUUCGCAGCAGCCAACUGCAUUUGGGGUCUAUUGGCCGCUGGUCUUGUCGCACCAGUCUUACACCUACCCGGACCCGCGCCGGAGGAUGCAUGCAAGCUGCUCGAGGAAGAGCCUGAGUUCGCAGAUGUUGGAGAGGUUCAAAGCGAUGCAGAUCUGGUGAGUUGUUCAAGGCUUCUGGUCCGCCUGUCGGCACAGGGAAGCCCCAUCUUUGCCUAUGGUGCAUGCAGCGGCGCCAUGUACUCCGGACUGGCCUUGCACAACAGGGCCAUAGGAACCCAGAAGAGCGCCUUACUUCAGUUGCUAGUGGCCGUGAGCUACCUUUUUGCUGCACCGGUCGUGGGCAGACAGUGUGAUGAAUGUGCAGGAGACUGGGCGGCCUUGAGCAAGAAGCUGGCUAUCGGCUGGACCAUUCUGUAG